CGGCCCCGACCGGAAGCCCCACCCCACCGCCAGGGACGCGGACUGCGGAGUGCUCACGUUCGCAGCCCGGGCAUCCUUGCUGCGCUCCGCUCCCCGCACCGGUAACGCGCGCCAACCUUGCCGCCCACCCGAGGUCGUAGCGGGCGAGAUUUCCGAGCUCUGGACGCUCUUGCGGCUCUGCUCAGCCCUGACUCCAGCAGGCCCGCGUCGGUCGCCCCGUCCGUUUCUGGAACCUUUGGUUCCGGGGCUCGGACUUGGGGGAACCUGGGAGGGUGGUGGUGGAGUUUCUGAUGCUUUGCGUUUUCUGCGGGGUGUGGGCAGUCAAUGGAGAAACCCGGAACAGAAGUCUGUGGUGUUUUCAGGGGCAGGGAGUGGAACCUCAGGCGCCUGCGAGCCCCCUGAGGGUUUAGGCGGCCCUCCUUGGCGGGAUGACUGGCACCGUGGGCUGAGAGAGCCCCGGGCCUGCCCCCACCCCUAGGGGUGCCGUCGGCUCCUGGGGUCCGAGUCUCCGCCCUGCCCCACCGCUUCUCACAAAACCCCUCCACCUCCCUGAGGAGCGCCGUCUACCCACCUUCUCGUUCCCAGCCUUCGGGCUGCUCCUAUUUUCCAUAUUGUUUAUUUAUCCUGGUUAUUGGUCAGAGUUUUUCUGACCUUCUCUACUCUGGAAUAGGGUCCAGAGGAGUCGUGAGGGAAAAUUAUUAGAAUAUAAAAAUCCCAGGAGUCACGUGGUCCGGGUCUGCAUCCCAUGCUUGGAGGCCUCACAGAGCAGCCCAACCAACAGCACUUGGUUUUCUUCUUCAACUUCACCACCUCCUGUGGUUGCUGUUUCCUCCUCUGGCUUACGUUGAACCCAACCAUGUGUAUUUCUCUUUAGCUUUGCUCAAUUGGCAUGGGAAUGCUGCCCCUGGAGGGCAUUGGACAGAACAGGGACAGUCCUGUUGCAUGAGGGGCAUGGGUCUUUGCUCAUGAGGCCAGCUCCUUCCAUGACCUGCUCAGAGCCCCACGCCAGCCCCUCUGUCCUCUGUUGCUGGACAGUUGUUCCAUAUCCUCCUUCCCAGUGCCCCAGGUGUGAUAUUCCUUCCACCCAGGGAAGGGCAUUCCAAAAAUACUUUCCUUUGCUGUACCUGAUUGCCCUGCUUGCUCCUGCCCUCACUCCUGCGACGGGUUCUUUGGGCUUAGGCGUAGCAUUUAAGUCUGGUCCUAUGAAGGCCUUCUUUCUGUUAUUCCAGGGUCUUGGGCAGUUUGCGUUGGCUCUAACUCUUACUACAGAAUUGCAGAAAUUCCUCUCUUUAUUGAGGUCACCGCUAACACCUGCCCCCCGACCCUGGUUCUGUUUUGUGAAAUACUGUCUGCUUUGCUUAUCCACUGCAGUUAACUUUUGGAGUUACCCAGAUUUCAUCUCUUUGACAUGGACUUCCACACGGGGUGACCUUUUGUCCUAGGUUGCCAGAGACAGUUCUGGCUUAUACUAUUGUCCCAGCAUAAUCAGGUUCAAAAGAUUCAUGGUUUGUAUGAUCAAGCUUGUCUCUGUCUCUAAGUUAGAUACACUUAUAUUUGUAGCUAAGAGAGUGGCAUGUGGCAGCCCACGUGAGACUUGCACUUGGGCCCACAGAUGUCAGAGCCACAGACUAGGAAAUGAGAAUUCCUCCAGGUCAGUGCUCAUAGGCCUCAUGUAGGUAGAGAGCUUUGGGUGGCUUUGCCCUUAGAGGGCAGGGGUUCCCCUCCUGCCCUGGCACAGAAAGUCCAAACUAAUAAUGAGGCCUAUGUCUAGUCAAAUUCAUCCCCAGAGUUACUGUGGUGCUUUGAAGCCAGUGCCCCUAAAUUCACUGUCAUGAUCCAGAGGAAGGUGUUCAGAGUUCAAGCCCAGCUCCUUGACAUGACAUCUGGCUCCUGGGAAAGUAACUGAUGUGGAAGUGUGACCAGAGUUAGGCCUAAGGUGUCCUGGGCUUCCCCAGGAACCAGAGAACUCAGUCCAUGCAGGGCCAGUUAGUUUUAAAGACUGCAUGUCAGCACUUGUAACUGUCAUAGGAUUAGGCUAAGAGGUAGAACACUGGUUAUCCACUAGGAUGACCAACCAUCUUAGUUUGCUUGGGAUUGAGGGGUUUCCUAGGACAUAGGACUUGCAGUUUUAAGAUCAGAAAACUCCUGGGCGAACUGGGAUGAGCUGGUCACCCUCUUCUCAACCCUGGCUGCACGUUAGACUCUCUUGAGGAGCCUCUUAUUUAGAGUCUAAUUUAAUUGAUUCAGGUAGUUGUAUUUUUUUUUUUUUUUUUUUUUUUUAACGCUCUCAAGUUGAUUCCAACAGGCUACCAGAGUUGAGAACUACUAGGCUGUAGACAAUGUUUCCAGUAACCAUUUAAGGUGUUUGGUUUGUGAGCAGAAGUGGUUCCAGACAUCACUGAAAGGGGUAUAUAACUCUGUGUGUUGGCCUUUUACCUUAGCUAGAGAGAUAUCAAGCUGGUAGUUGCCUACUAUUGCUAUUAUCUGUCCCCACCCCCAGGCCGCCUUUCUCACUGGUGAGGACCAAGCUUUCUCUUUUGCAGGCAUGCUCCGAUACCUUCUCCCUCAAGACAGGAGGUCAGUGGAAUAGCCUCAUUUUGAUUGAUGGAAUCAUGAUUUACACAGUUGCAGAUGAAGCUGGCAUGAGACUUGAGACAGGACUGCCAUCUCUAGGUCUGGGACAUGUGUCCCAGAGAGUGGUGGUCCAGAGGCUAACUGUGAGACUGUGUAUGCUUUGGCUUUGCCCCAUGGGGUGUGGGAGCUUGGAGACCAGGUGCCUCUGGGACUGUCCUCUCUGCAGGCCUCCAGGAUCAUGUGGUACGUCAGCACCAGGGGCAUAGCCCCACGGGUCAACUUUGAGGGGGCCCUCUUCUCUGGCUAUGCACCCGAUGGAGGCCUCUUUAUGCCAGAAGAGCUCCCACAGUUGGACAGAGAGACCCUGUGCCAGUGGAGCACACUCUCCUAUCCUGACCUGGUGAAGGAGCUGUGCGCCCUCUUCAUUGGCUCUGAGCUCAUUCCGAAAGAUGACUUAAAUGAUCUGAUUGACCGAGCCUUCAGCAGAUUCCGUCUCAAAGAGGUGGUCCGUCUGUCCAGGUUGAAGAAUGGGCUGAACGUGUUGGAGCUGUGGCAUGGUGUCACAUAUGCAUUUAAGGACCUGUCCCUGUCCUGCACAGCACAGUUCCUGCAGUACUUCCUGGAGAAGAGGGAGAAGCAUGUCACUGUGGUUGUAGGAACCUCUGGGGACACAGGAAGUGCUGCCAUUGAGAGUGUUCAAGGGGCAAAGAACGUGGACAUUAUCGUUCUGCUGCCCAAAGGUCACUGCACAAAGAUUCAGGAGCUCCAGAUGACAACGGUGCUGAAGGAGAACGUACAUGUGUUUGGAGCAGUGGAGGGAAACAGCGAUGAGCUCGAUGAGCCGAUUAAGACUGUGUUUGCUGACGUGGCUUUUGUCAAGAAGCACAAUCUGAUGAGCCUGAAUUCGAUCAACUGGUCCCGGGUCCUGGUGCAGACGGCCCACCACUUCUUUGCUUACUUCCAGUGUACGCCAUCCUUGGACACGCAUCCCCUACCCCUGGUGGAGGUGGUUGUGCCAACAGGGGCUGCCGGUAACCUUGCAGCUGGGUACAUUGCUCAGAAGAUAGGCCUGCCCAUCCGUCUGGUCGUGGCAGUGAAUCGCAAUGACAUCAUCCACAGGACUGUCCAGCAGGGAGACUUCUCUCUGUCUAAGGCUGUUAAAUCAACCUUGGCAUCAGCUAUGGACAUUCAGGUGCCCUACAAUAUGGAGAGGGUAUUCUGGCUACUCUCUGGCUCUGACAGCCAGGUGACAAGAGCCCUCAUGGAGCAGUUUGAAAGGACCCAAAGUGUGAAUCUGCCCAAGGAACUGCACAGCAAGCUUUCAGAGGUGGUGACAUCCGAGUCAGUGUCUGAUGAAGCCAUCACCCAGACCAUGGGCCGCUGCUGGGAUGAGAACCAGUACUUGCUGUGCCCCCACUCGGCGGUGGCUGUGAACUACCAUUACCAGCAGAUGGACAGGCAGCAGCCCAGCACUCCCCGGUGCUGCCUUGCCCCUGCCUCUGCAGCCAAGUUUCCGGAAGCUGUCCUGGCUGCUGGCCUGACCCCUGAGACUCCUGCAGAGAUCGUAGCCCUGGAGCACAAGGAGACACGCUGCACCCCAAUGCAGAGAGGUGACAACUGGACCCUGAUGCUUCAGGACACCAUUGAGGACCUUAGCCGACGGUGGAGGGGUCAUGCCCUCAACGCCUCCCAGUAGCCUGGCUGGAGGUGGCUUUCUUUAGGCUUCAGAUCCCAGGGAGGUGCACCCACUGAGCUGCCUUGUGACCCUCCCCAUUAAGCAUAGGUUAGGAGGUUCCCAGGAGGCUGCUCAGCUGGGUCUGGAGCCAGCUGGCUUUGCUUCAUUUCCUGGCUACUCUGUGCCUGGUCACCAGGGAGGCUGAGUGAGGGGCUGUGAACAGUUGCCAGAAGCACCCCCUCCCUCCCUGGCCCAUGCAGCAGUGUCUGAGCUGUAGUGAAAGUUUCAGGGCCUGCAGAAGAAGAGCCUUGGGCACAGGAUUGACCAUGGCUCCAGGGGUUUAGGACCCCAGACCUGUGAAGAUGGGGGCAGCUCACCACCUUCAUGCAGCCUUUAUAUGUUCUCUGAGCCUUAGUUGAUUUGGCCCCCAAAACAAAUCCAAAGGUUCUAGCCCGCCUUGUCAGAGACUUCCACCCUGUUCACAUGUUGGCAAUCCCUGGAAUAAAAUGCUUGUUCUGUGUGA